AGCAUUGCGGAUUGCCAGGCUGUGCCAGCAAGAAUGACACGUUUUGGCAUGAGUCUUGUCUGCACUUAUUAAGGAGACCAGCGCUGUCUCACCCUUUCCAGUUUGAACACCUCCCAUCUUUCUUGAAGAGCAAAACUGAGAGUUAUGCAUGAUGACUUCUUUGCCCUUCCGCCCUUGCCAGGACGACUCGCAGACCCCCGCUCUCGAGAAAUCGGUCCCAGAAUGUUCACUCCUAGUCUGUGGACUGCCGACUUCCAUGGCAGUUGCCCAUCUGAGAUGGGAGGCUGACCCAGUUCCCGUCAAGAAUUGGGCCGAUGGCAGGCUGAAGACUGCGACCCUUGACGUUCUUGACCGUUCUCUCACCGUAUUUCGCUACUUUCGCCCACACAACUCGCACGCCGCCACAGUCCCCCCUCGUCGUCUUCACGAGCGUUUGAACCUGUUGAACGCCAAGUCCGGGUUCCUCUUCGUCCACGACCCUUCCAGCACAGACAUCGAAGAGUCCAUCCAGUGCAUGCGCCGUUACAUGGAGCUGCAAGAACUGCACGGCGGCAGAGGCUUCUGGGUUGUCAUCAACACCCCGAGGGGAGCUCUCACUCGAACUGGCCGCGACAGCAUUGCCGCCCACUUUGACGACGAAUUGCGCAAUUACUCCGAACUGAACGACACUCUAAAGAAUCCCAGUGAUUUCGGUCGCUGUGUCCUCCAACUGCCAGUCGUGGAUGCCUGUCGAGUAGUCGGCGAGGCCAUGCUCACUAGCCCACAAAUCUAUCGCCCCAGGGUCUCGGGGGACAGCAUCAAAGCUCCUGGGGAGCGGUCUGACCAAGAAUUCUGGGUUGCCUUCCGCCACGGUCGCCUUGUUCCGUGGAAGCACAAAGAUUACAUCAGAGCCGCAUACUUGACGCUCCUCCGUCGCGAGAACAACGACAAAGGUCUGCUCGAGGUGGCCACAAAUUUUGCCGCCGACAUGCACAACUUCAAACAACGAGGCUCCCAGUUCCAACUACUCCCGGAGUCAAGGACCCUGACAGUAUUCUGGCUCUACCAAGUCAAGCUGGCUAUGUGCGCCUUUCGCGUCUACCAUGACCACUUGCCCGACCCCAUCUCUCUCAAACGCGUCAUCCAUUUCUUCCCAGAGCUCAUGGACGAGAAGCUGCCCGACACCUACUACACGUCAGCGAUGCUGAAGUCGCCGUACUCCGAGAAAUUCUGGAUGCUGCCGAACUUGCGCGAGCUCGUCGAACCUCUGAGUCACGAAGAUCCAAAGUUCCGUGAGCGCUUGACAAAGAAGCAGCCCGGAGACCCCAACCGCCUCCUCCGUUUUGCGUUUGCAGUGGUGAAACGUUACCUCCGACCUGGCGAAACACGUCGACGCAGCUGGUUCAUCAACUUAGCCUUUUCCUCGUUGCAGAAGUAUGCGAUGCACCUAAGGUCGGCCGAGCCGUUGGCCGCUCCUUUCUCGGAGACACAGUCGUACUUUUACAUCCAGUUGGUGCACGCUGCUCUGUCGCAGUUGCUCAAGGCUGGAAAAAGUGGGCUCGUCCAGGAAAUGAGCUACGCCCUGUUCAAAGACACUUUUGGAAUCUCGCCCUCGACUUGGACAGCAUACUACAGCCCCAAGCUGUGGGACAGCCUCGAAGCUCGCGGACGCUUUGUACCGCCAGACCUGAAGCCGCUCCCUGACUGCAUACAUACGAGCAAGUUCCGCUUCGCCUCCGACCUCUGGGCUGCCGAGCUCAACGAGCCAUUCAAAAAAGCCGGCCUCAUCCCCGAACUCCCCUCCCUCGAAAUCCUCCACUUCCACCAAUCCAUUAUCCUCGAAGACGCCAAAUCCCUCCUCCCAACCCUCCCACCAGCCGAAGUCACAACCCACGUCCACCUCCUCCAAUACAUCCACACCCACCUCAUCAAACCAACCCACACCACCAGUCCCUCCAGUGUCACCCGCGCCUCUCUCCUCCCCCUCUUCCGCUCCCAUCUCUCCCUCCUAAAAACCUCCUCCCCGCUCCCCAAACCCCAUGUCAUCAACACCCUGAUCCUCGCCCUCCACUACCUCUCUCCACCCGAAACCGAAAACCCAGACUACAACCCCCCACCUGCAACCACCCGAUUCAACUUCAAGUUCCGCCCCUCCCACACGGACCCGCAAACAAAAAAAUUCAUCAUCUUCCACAACUGCCCCUGCCACGCCGACCUUCCCAUCAUUCCCGACGACACCCGCCGCUGUCUGGCCGUGUAUUAUCCGCAGCAGUACCCUUACGACCACCCGCCGCAACUCAAGCACGGAUGUGAUGAAGGCGGUCAGGAGGUGGGAGGUGGUGAGGAGACGGGAGUUGGUGGUAAAGAUGAUAAUGGAGACGUGGAGGGUCGGGAUUGGGAUGGAAAGACGUUUGCUGGCGAAGAGGAGAAUGGGGAUGAUUGGGAAGUUGUGCCGUAGGAGACGGUUUGUUGGGUUGUGCCGGGAUUGGAGGACCUGCGGUAGUCCCAUUCAUCAUGCCCCUCGUUGUAUUGCCGGUUGUGGCCAUUAUGUACCUUAGGGAAGGAUGAGGAGUUCCCAAACAUGCCCCUUUGGUUUGAUGUCAAUGCUCUUGCAUUCGCAUUAGAAAUAGUAGCACGUGUUAUGGGACUCUAGCUGACGGCCUUAGAAUUGAAC